UAUUUUCGAGAUUUUUUCUGCAGUUACUCAGUUGAGUGCGUACCGUGCGUACACAUGCACGUAAUGGAUCUUGAAAAAAGAUUAUCUUUAGCAAUAGAAAAUAAUACACUUUCUGCAGAAUGUCAAAAUAUUGCGUCAGAGAUAAAGAAAGGAAAUGUCAAACUUUUCAAUUUUAUCGAAGGACUGCAACCACUUCUAACGAAUACAAAUGUCGAAUUACGAAAGCAAAGUAUCCAAGUUUUAUCUUCUUUAUUAGAUAGUCUACCAGUGGAUUUUCUUCUCGAAGCAGAAAUUAAUUUCAUUGUCGGAUUUUAUUGCGAUCGAUUAAAGGAUCAUUAUAGCAUUUUACCAUCGACACUCAAAGGCAUUUCAUCCAUAAUAAAAAUGAAAAAUCUUCCAGAAAAUGGUCCUAUACGUGUACUCUCAGCAAUGUUCGAAAAUAUUCAAUGUCAAACACUUUUACUGCCCGAUCGACAAAUUGUUUACAGCAUUUUUGAAACUCUAUUAAAAGAAAAAUCAUCAAAUCUAAAGUCCCUUGGUGUGGAUCUUGUUUACGGUGUGAUAAAUUCCAUUGAUGGCGAAAGCGAUCCAAGGAAUCUGUUAAUAAUUUUCCGUAUAAUUCCAUUUUUUGUGAAACAAUUUCCACUUGGUCAUUUAAUUGAGGAAAUGUUCGAAGUCAUUGCCUGUUACUUUCCAGUUCAAUACAAUGCGCCAAAAUCUGAAAGUUCGGGAAUAACUCGAGAGAGUUUAGCGGAAGCGUUAACUCCAUGUUUAUGUGCAACUCCAGAAUUUGCUGAAUUUUGUCUUCCGUUAUUAAUUGAGAAAAUGGAUUCCAAUUUGAAAGUGGCUAAAUUGGAUUCCCUGCAAGUGUUAAUAGAAGGAGCGGGAAUUUUCGGAGCAAAACGAUUACAGCCACAUUUACGGGAAAUUUGGCAAAUUUUGCAAAAGGAAAUAUUACAAAAUCUCGAUUUAGAAGUUAAACAAUUGGCUCUCACGUGUACAACGUCGUUGAUAAAGGCCUUGACAGAGGAGGAUAAAAGUAUUUCCAAUGAUUUUGUUGAGGAAAUUAUAAUAAAUGCCAAAUGGGCAUUAUGUAAUGCUUCCCUCAGCAGUUCCGUUAAGGAUACUGAAAAGCUCUUGGAAGCUGUGGCUAAAGCGAGUCGAGAAAUGUGUGAAAAAGUAUUGUGCGCUAUUGUACCCGCGUGCCUUACGCAAUACUCAACGAAAACUGAGUUGCAAGAUAAAGUAUUUCUUUUGGAAACAUUCAAUAAUUUCAUUUCUAUUGCAAAUGAAUAUGGAUUAUCGAUAAAACACGUGUCUAAUUUAGAGUGGUCGGAUGUUCCCGCAUUUUACAUAGAAGAACUAAAUAAUCAAUCUUCUCAAAUUCGAAUUAAAUUGAUGCACGGUCUAAUUGCCCAAAGAUCUUCUUUAAACGAAACUCAACGAAAAGCACUCAAUGAAAAAUUGUUUUGUGAAAUUGAGACUGGAAAUCAAGACACAUUGCUUGCUGCACACUCUUGCCUUUACAGUUUUACUGAAUUGUAUCCAAUUGAAGUCGUGAAUAUAAUUGCAAACAGAUUUAGCUUAAAUGACAAUAAUGUGUCGAAUGAAACGAUAUCAAGGCGAAUCGAAGCAUUGUCUCUUCUAUCAAGAAUACCAAAAAUAGGUUGUGAAAUUCUUCCAAAAAUUGUUAGUGUUUGUUCAUCCAAUGAUAAUGACAAUAUUGCAAUAAAAAUAGUAGCGCUUUCUUGUCUCGAAAAAUUACUUACUACUGAAGAGGAAAAUUUUGAUAUUCAUAAAUUUUUGUAUAAAGAAGAUGUACUGAAUAAACUUGUCAAAAUCUCCACUUCAGAGACUGAUGGAAGAGUCUCUUUGAUAUCAAACAUCUGUCGCUUGAUAACGAGAAAAUUAAAUCUUCAGGAGCAGAAAGAGAUCUUACAGAAUUAUUCUCGAAUUUUGGAAGGAGACGUUUCAGAAUGUGACAUUGCUUUAAUAGACGGAAUUAUGAUAGCUCUAAGGCCUGACAUUGAACUAAAAAAUAGUGAAUUAAUAAAAAAUUUGUAUAAAAUAGCAGUCGAGAGUUCAAAUACAACAGCGAGACUUGCUAGUUGUCACUUGAUUGCAGUUUUGAUAAAUAAAAUCAAGUUGACUGACGAGUACGAACAGAUUAUACAAUUUCUGAAAGACAACAUCAAUAAUUCUUUAAAUUCCCCUGAAGAAACAAUUGAAGCGAAAAAAGCUGUCUCCACUCUUUUGAAUUGGUUAACAACCUCUCUUGUUAAGAGAGGAACUGCGAAUUCCCAGGAUUUUUUAAAUUAUCAAAUAUCAACUUUAAAAAAUACGGAAAUUGGAAAUUACGUUGCUGGUGAAUUUAAGACUUUAGUGGAUAGAAAUGACGAUACAUUAACUGAAGAAAAUUUUUGUCAAGUGAAAAUGUUAUAUAAACAGAGAAUAUUAGAAAAUGUUAUUCAAGGAUGUAACGAAUCGACGCGGGAAACAAAAUGCAAUUAUUUAAAGGCAUUACUUUACACUUGUCAAGAAAUUCCAAUGGAAUUACUUUCGUUAUAUUUAGGAAAACUUGUCCCUUGUUUUAUGGAUAAUUUUACCCAAGAAGAAUUAAUAAUACCAACUUUAAAUCUAUUGCAACCAUUGUUGGAAACAAAGAACUCGGUUUUUGCAACUGAAGCCAAAUACUUCAUAUCAAAAUUUUUAGAUCUGUGUUCGCAUCAAAAUAUGAAAAUAAGAAUAACAACAUUAAAUUGUUUGUUAAUUUAUGUAGAAUAUCCAUCAGAAAUUAUUCAUCCUUUUAAACUGGAUGUUUUGGAAAUAUUACAUACACUCACUGAUGAUAAAAAACGACUCGUUAGAAAAUUGGCUGUUAAAGCACGUUUAAAAUGGUUUUUGAUUAAUCCAUCGGAUAUGAAUACUUAAUUUGUAAAAAUGUUCUCUUUUACUGUUACAUAUAAUGUUGUAUAGUUUAAAACACUUGUUUUAGAUUCUUGUGACAUUUUUAUGAUUUGCUUUGGUGUUUAAUAAUCGGAAUAUAUAAUCUAAAUUCAUUGAUUUUGUAAUAAUUUUAUUCAAAAGAAAUUAAAAUUUCUAUCUUUUUUUUUAUGUCACAUACAAAAAUACUAAACAUAUGACCUACAUUGUAGGAGUUAACGUAACUAAAUAAAGCAUUGAUUUUUUAAAAA